GUAUGUAUUGUUUGAUGGAUGGAUGAGAUUUCUGGGAAACAAACACCUAAAAACACACUUAUUUUUUUGCCUCGAUUCACUUUGGAGAAAAAAAUGCACUCAAUUACAACUUAGUCAUAUCGCCAUGCAAAACAAACGUGACUCCCCAAUUCACUAAUUAUUUGAAAAAAAAAGUUUUGAAAACAAAAAAGAUUAUUGGUACUCAAUGUUCCUGCAUAUUUGUCAUAUGGACGUUAUUCCAGCAGUGGACAACAAGUGCAGCUAUCUGUGGACCAGACAAUUAUUUACAAUUGAAUGAAACUCAAUGAGAGCAUUAUUCUAAUCCCUGUCGUUUAAUUCCAUCAUCGAAACCAUGUACACCAUGUUGGAGAGAAUGGCUUUUAAAGUUGUCCACUACAGUCACCGCGUUGCACCAUAUUUGUGUUUUCCUUUAAUGUGCAAAGCGGACGCACUUCGUUAGCUAGACCGACACCGUGCAGUCGACUGUCGCGUUAAGAUGGAAUCGACACAGAAAGGUACAAGUCUCGAGCUAAACUGUCGCGAUACUUGGAGAAAUCUCGCUUGAUCUCGAAGGGAGGGAAGCAGCGGAUCGAAGACCUGCUGGCAUCACAGCUGAUGACGCGGGGCAGACAGCCUCCCCCAAAGAGUUGCCCGAAUGGAGCGGAGGUGAGAAUUUCACCCAUGGAUGCGUCCUGCACGGAGACAUGAUAAGCACGGGCUCAGUUAUAGCUGCCGCCUAUCUAUCGCCAUGGUGAGAGAAGCCCUUGGCUGUUGCCAUGGAGACCCCAUAGCAAGAGCUCUAUAACCAAGAUCUGUUUCCUUGGUGACCCCAUAAAAAGAGCCAGGUAACUAUUUCAAUCUGUUGCCAUGGUGUCGCUGUAACGGGGCCAAAACGAGGUCGAUGAUGAAGAUGAUGAUGAUGAUGAUGAUGAGCCGUUAGGUGGCAAGGCACAUUUUGCGCACCACUUUGUCACGAUGGGAACAUCCAGGAUGUUUCACAUUUUUGUCGUCCUGGGCUCCGCCUUCAUGAUCCUUUUAAUCAUCCUCUACUGGAAGGAAGUUGGAGCGUCGCAUCAGUUUUUGCACACCCCCGUCUCACCCGGACCCAAAAUGACAAAACCUGCUCAACAGCAGCAGCAACAGCAGCAGAAGCCUCAACCUCCCCAAUCCCCGUCCUUCCUCUCCGACAUCGAUGCCUUUGUCAACCAGUUCUUAGAGCCUGGAACUGGCGAACCCACUGACCAGGUGCCCGCCGAAGCAAGCAACCAAUCAGAGAAGGCAGAAGAGCGAUAUGUUCCGAGGCAGGAGUGGAAGAUUCAUUUGACUCCGGUGGCGGCAGAGCUUCGCCAGAGACAGGAGAACCGGCAGAAGUUACUUAAAGAUCUGUGCGCCAAUGACAGCCUGGAGUUCCCCGGCAAAAACCGCUCAUUUGACGACAUUCCCAACAAGGAGCUGGAUCAUCUCAUAGUCGAUGACAGGCACGGUGUUAUCUACUGCUACGUGCCAAAGGUGGCUUGUACCAAUUGGAAGCGAAUCAUGAUCGUUCUCAGCGAGAGCCUGCUCCGCGACGGCGUACCCCAAAGGGACCCGAUGGCCAUCCCCAGGGAGCUGGCUCACAACGCCAGCAUGCAUUUCACCUUCAACAAGUUUUGGAAGCGCUACGGCAAAUUUGCAAGGCACCUCAUGAAGGUCAAACUGAAGAAGUACACAAAGUUCCUUUUUGUGCGGGACCCAUUCGUGCGUCUCAUAUCCGCCUACCGGGAUAAAUUUGAGCUGCGCAACGAGGACUUUUACCGCCGCUUUGCUAAAGUCAUGCUGCGGCGCUACGCCAACCAGUCGACGCCCCCCGACUCUGUGGAUGAGGCGUUUGCCAUGGGGGUUCACCCUUCCUUCUCUCAUUUCACCCAGUAUCUACUGGACCCUCAGACGGAGAAGUACGGUCCCUUUAAUGAGCACUGGCAGCAGGUGUACCGCCUGUGUCACCCGUGCCAGAUCCAAUAUGACUUUGUGGGCCACUUGGAGACGGCCGAGGAAGACGCUGAGCAUUUGCUACGCCUGCUGCGCGUGGACAAUGUGGUGGAGUUUCCUACCUCGCACAGGAAUCUGACAGCCAGCGACUCGGAAUCAGACUGGUUCAGCACGGUGCCGCUGGAGGUGCGGAGGGAACUUUACAAGCUGUAUGAACCCGACUUCAGGCUUUUUGGUUACGAUAGACCACACUCUAUCCUCAAUGAGUGACUCUGACGCAACUUGACAAGCUGGAAGAUGUGUUUUCUUGAAAGUCCCUGUAAAGUGAAAAAAAUCCAUUUGAGCUCUACGUUUGACACGCCGCAGAGAAGAGUUUUGCUCACCGCGCAAAAAAUAUGAACGAUUAAAACAAAAUCUCAAAAUACAUCACAACCAUACUGCAGCGAGCAAGCUAACCGCAUGUCACAGUUGUGCCGCUUAACUACUAAUGCGAACGAUGGUGCUGAAGUUAUCACUGGGCACUUUUUUUUAGCCACGCUGAAAUAAAUCGGAAAAAAACGCAAUGUCAAAAAACAAUUCGACUGUCUGGCUCCAAAUUUACGUGCCACUCCGUUGUCAGUCUUUGCACAUGUUUUCAGAAAUGAUCUUCAAACGUGUCUAAUCGGAGACACAUCUCGAAAUUCACUUCACAGGGUCUUUGACGAACACCUUUUUUCCAAUUUCACUCUGAGAAUAAUAUUUGGCACCUGCUGCUAUCGGAAGCACAAAAGUGAGCCGGAGAAAAAUGUGAAUGGACAAUUAAUUUGAAGAUUUUAUAAUGCCACAAAGCACACAAAUGAGUGCGACGCAGUCGGCUCAACAGAAGGUGUCUUGUGUCAUUUCGCGCCUCCAGAGAGCUCCCUCCUCCGGCAUUUUCCACUCCCAGCUCAGAUGUCACGUUUGAUUGGCCGCUCGCACUUAACAUGUGACUUACCCAACGCCGGCUUUGUAGCAGGAGGCCGCUCGUUUGGCCAAUCUGACACAUUUUUAAUGCUGCCGCAUGCCACUGACAUUUAUUUCAUAUUGUGCAAUGUUUUCUUGAAAUCCUCCUU